AUGCGCACCCAGCAGAAUUUCAGCAUCAACACGUUCCUGCAGAGGACCCAGGUGGCCCCCCAAGGCAUGCUCAUGCGGUUGCGAGCUGGGGAGGAGAUGAGCUUCAACAUGGAUGUCUUCCAGCCCUUGGAGAGCCCCGUGGAUCUCUACAUCCUCAUGGACUUCUCAUACUCUAUGUCUGAUGAUCUGGACAACCUCAAAAGCAUGGGACAAAACCUAGCGGAGUUCCUGCAAGCCUUGACCUCCAAUUACACCAUCGGAUUCGGCAAGUUUGUGGACAAAGUCUCAUCCCCUCAGACAGACAUGAGACCUGAGAAGCUGCGUGAGCCCUGGAAUAACGCCGACUCCCCCUUCUCCUUCAAGAACGUCAUCCGCCUGACCAACAACAUCAACCACUUCAGCCAGGAGCUCAGGAAGGAGCGCAUCUCUGGCAACCUGGAUGCCCCCGAGGGCGGCUUUGAUGCCAUCCUGCAGACAGCUGUUUGCAAGGAUAAGAUCGGCUGGAGGAAGGACAGCACUCACCUGCUCGUGUUCUCCACCGAAUCUGCCUUUCACUAUGAAGCUGAUGGUACCAACGUCCUGGCAGGGAUCCUGGCGAGAAAUGAUGAGCAGUGUCACCUGGACACCACUGGCACCUACGUGUAUGACACCAAGCAGGACUAUCCUUCUGUGCCCACCCUGGUGCGCCUGUUGGGCCAGCAAAACAUCAUCCCCAUCUUUGCUGUCACCAACCACUCCUACAGCUACUAUGAGAAGCUGCACAAGUAUUUCCCCAUCUCCGAGAUUGGAGUGCUCCAGGAGGACUCUUCUAACAUCGUGGAGCUGCUCCGCACAGCCUUUGAGCGCAUCCGCUCCAAGAUGGACAUCCGGGUGGACUUUGUCCCCAAAGCCAUGAAGACAGAGUUCACCUCCUUGAUGUACCAAAAGACAGAAUCCGGCUCCUUCCACAUCACCCGUGGGGAAGUGGGGAAGUUCAACGUGCGUGUGAAGGCGCUCGAGUACAUCGGUGGGCAGCACGUCUGCAACCUCCCUGAGAAAGAUCGUCGGGGAGUGAUCCACGUGAAACCCACAUCCCUGAGCGACAGCCUCAAAGUCACAGCCUCGGUCAUCUGUGAUGUGUGUCCUUGUGAACAGCAACAAGACUUUAGCUCACCCAAGUGCAGCUUCCAUGGGGACUUUGUUUGUGGACAGUGCAUCUGCCACCCGGGCUGGCGAGGGGACACGUGUGACUGCUCCCCAGCAUCGUCCCCCAACAAUGAAGCCUGUAUCCGCCCCGGGGACGUGGAGCCAUGCUCGGGCCGGGGCGAGUGCCUGUGUGGGAAGUGCCAGUGCUACUCCGAGGACCUGACGCAGCGCUUUGAUGGGGCGUUCUGCCAGUACGACGUCCUGCAGUGCCCGCGCACCUCCGGCUUCCUCUGCAGGAGGAUGCUGGGGGGUCUGUCUGCAGCCUCUUUGCACCCCAAAAAAGGCAUUUGCAACAACCACGGGAGGUGCGAAUGCGGCAGAUGCAUCUGUGACAAGGCUUCGCUGUACACCAGCUCCACCUGCGAAAUCAGCUACUCCCUGGGCUUCCAGGCCGUGUGCGAGAGCAUCCGGGACUGUGUUCGCUGCCAGGCCUGGGGCACAGGCAACACCAAAGGGAACUGCAGCGCCUGCCACCUCCAGAUCCAGAUGGUGGAAGAGCUGAAGAAAGAGGAAGCCAGCGAGUACUGCUCGUUCCAGGACGAGGAGGACGAUUGCACCUACCACUACACCCUGGAGGGAGACCCCAGCGUCCUCCCCAACACCACCGUCCACGUGCAGAAGAAAAAAGAGUGCCCGCCGGGAAGCUUCCUCUGGCUCAUCCCCCUCCUCAUAUUCCUCAUCCUGCUCCUGGGGCUGCUGCUGCUGCUCUGCUGGAAGUUCUGCGCCUGCUGCAAGGCUUGCCUGGCCCUGCUUCCCUGCUGUGCACGAGGUCGCACCGUUGGCUUCAAGGAGGACCACUACAUGCUUCGACACAGCCUCAUGUCCUCUGACCACCUGGACACCCCCAUGGUCCGCACUGGGUCCCUCAAGGGUCGGGACACCGUCCGCUGGAAGAUCAACAACAACGUUCACAAGCAGGGCCUCACCGCCCUGGCUGCUGCCACCAACCCCAAGGAUCUCGUUCCCUACGGGCUGUCUCUGAGGCUGACCCGGCUUUUCACGCAGAACCUGGUGAAGCCGGACACCCGGGAGUGCGAGCAGCUGCGCAAGGAAGUGGAGGAUAAUCUGAAUGAGGUUUUCAAGAAUGUCCCCGGCUGCCACAAGCUCCAGCAGACCAAGUUCAGGUUACAGCCCAAUUCUGGGAAAAGGCAGGACCACACCAUUGUGGACACGGUGCUCACCGCCCCUCGCUCAGCCAAGCCGGAGAUCAUCAAAGUGAUGGAAAAGCACGUUUCCCACGAGGCUUUCAAUGACCUGAAGGUUUCACCAGGUUACUACACUGUGACCUCAGACCAAGAUGCUCAUGGGAUGGUGGAGUUCCAAGAGGCUGUGGAGCUGGUGGAUGUCCGUGUCCCACUCUUCAUCAGGGAGGAUGAUGAUGAUGAGAAGCAGCUGCAGGUGGAGGCCAUUGAUGUCCCCACUGGCAUCGCAGAGAUUGGACGCAGGCUUGUCAACAUCACCAUCAUCAAGGAACAAGCCAGCAGCCUCAUCACCUUCUUGCAGCCAGCCUAUUCCCACAGCCGCUUUGAUAAGGUGGCCAAGAUCCCUGUCCUCCGGGAGAUCAUCGACAAUGGGAAAUCCCAAGUCACCUACAGGACCCGGGAUCUCACCGCCAAGAAUGGCAGGGACUACGUCUUCACAGAAGGUGACCUGGUCUUCCAGCCUGGGGAGACCCGAAAGGAGGUGCAGGUCCCCUUGAUGGAGCUGACCGAAAUAGACACCCUCCUGCACAACCGCCAGCUCAAGCAGUUCGCCAUCGACCUCCUCCAUCCCAAGUACGGCGCCAAGAUUGGCCGAUACCCCCAGACCACUGUGACCAUCGCCGACCCAGAGGUGGUGGAUGGUGUCCCCUCGAUGGCUGGCCUGAGCCAGGUCUCCCAGUCCCCCAAAGGCCGCCUGAGUGCACCGCUUAAUCCCAAUGCCCACGCGCUCAGCUCCAGGGAAAUCCGCUUCAGCUGGUUUCCUCCACCAGGAAAACCUCUGGGGUACAAGGUGAAAUACUGGAUCCAAGGGGACCCCGAGUCAGAAGCCCACCUCAUCGAUGUCAAAGCACCAUCAGCAGAGCUGAGUAACCUCUAUCCCUUCUGUGACUACGAGAUGCAAGUCUGUGCCUACAACGCCAUGGGUGAAGGGGCUUACUCCGACAUCAUCCACUGCCGCACGCUUGAGGACGUCCCCAGUGAGCCCGGCCGCUUGGCUUUCAAUGUCGUGUCUUCCACUGUGACACAGCUGAGCUGGGCUGAGCCUGCAGAAACCAACGGGGAGAUCACGGCUUAUGAAGUCAGUUAUGGACUCGUCAACGAGGACAAUGUACCCAUCGGCCCAAUGAAGAAGGUGCUGGUUGAAGACCCCAAGAAGCGCAUGGUGCUGAUAGAAAACCUGCGGGAGUCCCAGCCCUACCGCUACAUGGUGAAGGCCAGAAACAGUGCUGGCUGGGGACCUGAGAGAGAAGCCACCAUCAACCUUGCCACGCAGCCCAAGCGACCCAUGUCCAUCCCCAUCAUCCCUGAUGUCCCCAUCAUUGAUGCAGAGGGAGGAGAGGACUACGACAGCUACCUGAUGUACAGCGCAGACGUGCUUCGCUCUCCAGCUGGCAGCAAGCGUCCCAGUGUCUCUGAUGAUUCAGGCUCCAGGUGGAAACAUGUGCAGUUGCUGGGAGAAGACUUGGAUCUUCGCCGCAUCACCUGGAGGCUCCCACCUGAAACCAUUCCCCGCUUCUCUGGCAGCAGCCGCUUCUCCUCGGACACCGAGGGUCUCCUCCACGAGGAGGACAGCGAUGUGGCUACUGGCAGCCUGAGGAGGAGCGCUACGCCCCAGCCCCAAGCAGAGCACUUGCUGAAUGGCCGGGUGGAUUUCUCCUUCCCCGGCAGUAACAGUGGCACGCUGACCAGGACAACGAACACCAGCUACCACCAGCUGAGCUCACAUGUGCAGCAGGAGCACAGGGUGAUGGGGAGCUCCUCGCUGACGAGAGACUACUCCACAAUGCUGAUGGGGCAUGACUCCAGGCUCCCACUGGGCAUCCCCGACACCCCCACGCGCCUGGUGUUCUCUGCCCUGGGACCCACCUCCCUGAAGGUGAGUUGGCAGGAGCCGCACUGCGAGAAGGAGGUGCAGGGCUACAGCGUGCAGUACCAGCUCCUCAAUGGAGGAGAGGUCCACCGCCUCGCCAUCCGCAACCCCAGCCAGAAUUCGGUGGUGGUGGAGGACCUGCUGCCCAACCACUCCUACAUCUUCAAGGUGAAGGCGCAGAGCGAGGAAGGCUGGGGCCCCGAGAGGGAAGGAGUCAUCACCAUCGAGUCCCAGGUGGACCCGCAGAGCCCACUCAGCCCUGUGCCAGGUUCACCCUUCACGCUGAGCACACCCAGCGCUCCCGGACCACUGGUUUUCACUGCCCUCAGCCCUGACUCCCUGCAGCUCAGCUGGGAGAGACCCCGCAAGCCCAACGGGUCCAUCCUGGGCUACAUGGUCACCUGCGAGAUGCUGCAUGGAGGAGGGGAACCCAGGAAUAUCUACGUCGAAGGAGACAAUCCAGAAACUACCCUGACUGUGCCCCACCUGAGUGAGAAUGUCCCAUACAAGUUCAAAGUGCAAGCCAAGACGACCCAAGGCUUUGGGCCAGAGAGGGAAGGCAUCAUCACCAUCGAAUCUCAGGAUGGAGGCACUUUCUCCCAGUUUGGAGGACAGCAGUACAUGAGAGAAGAAGUGUACAACUUCCCCACCGAAUACACCACCAAAACCAGUAUCAGCCAUUCCUCUCUGGAUCCCCACUUCACAGAUGGCAUGCUGAUGACAACCCAGCGAGUGGAGAGUGCCAGCAGCACCCUCACCAAACAGGUCACCAAAGAGUUUGUGAGCCGGACCGUGAUGUCCAGCGGCACCGUCACCAAACAGAUGGAGAGGCAGUUCUACGAGGCCUGA